CGUGUUUUUGUGAACGUACCAGUCUCGCCCAACAACAAAAUAAACGAAAAGAUAAUAAGGUCAUGGAGUUUGCAGAGCUGAUAAAGACACCCAGGGUGGAUGGGGUUGUCCUGCACCGGCCUUUUAUGCCAACUGUAGAGGGGACCCUGUGUUUGACUGGUCAUCAUCUCAUUCUUUCGUCCAGACAGGACAACACGGAAGAGCUUUGGCUGCUUCAUUCAAACAUAGACUCUAUAGAGAAGAGAUUUGUAGGGUCUGUAGGAAGCAUCAUUGUCAAAUGCAAAGACCUGAGGGUGAUCCAGCUGGAUAUCCCUGGUAUGGAGGAGUGUCUCAACAUUGCCAGCUCUGUUGAGGCUCUGUCCACACUUGAUUCAGUCUCCUUGAUGUACCCUUUCUUCUACCGGCCCAUGUUUGAGGUCAUAGAAGAUGGCUGGAAUUCUUUCCUUCCAGAGGAUGCUUUUAAAGAUCUGGAGUCUAUGACUGAUGAGUGGAGACUGAGUGAAGUAAACAAGGACUUCAGUGUGUGUGCGUCAUACCCCCCUCUAGUGGCAGUGCCUAAAGAUGUUGAUGAUGACACACUGAGAAAAGUAGCAGCUUUCCGUCACAGUGGUCGUUUUCCAGUACUCAGCUAUUACCACAAAAAGAAUGGCAUGGUGAUGAUGCGAGCAGGACAGCCUCUGCCUGGAACCAAUGGGCGACGGUGUAAGGAAGAUGAGAAGCUGAUCAAUGCCACCCUGCGUCCGGGCAAACGUGGCUACGUCAUUGACACACGCACUAUCAAUGUUGCCCAGCAGGCCAAAGCUCGAGGUGGAGGAUUUGAGUCUGAGGCUAAUUACCCCCAGUGGAGGAGAAUCCACAAGGCCAUUGAAAGGGCUAAUGUCCUCCAGGAGAGCCUGAUUAAGCUGGUGGAGGCGUGUAAUGACCAGUCACACAGCAUGGACCGCUGGUUAAGCAAGCUGGAGGCUUCCAGCUGGCAGACUCAUGUCAAGGAGAUCCUCACCACUGCCUGUCUGGCUGCCCAGUGUAUCGACAGGGAGGGCGCAUCAGUGCUUGUUCACGGUACAGAAGGGACAGACUCCACCCUGCAAGUGACCUCCUUGGCUCAGAUCAUCCUUGAUCCAGCCUGCCGGACCAUCAGAGGCUUCCAGGGCCUGGUGGAGCGAGAGUGGCUCCAGGCGGGUCACCCAUUCCAGCAGCGCUGUGCCCAGUCAGCUUACUCCAAUAGCAAACCUCGCCAAGAGGCUCCUGUCUUCCUGCUCUUCUUGGAUUGUGUGUGGCAGAUCCUUCGCCAGUUUCCCUGCUCCUUUGAAUUCAGCGAGAGCUUCCUGGUGCUGCUCUUCGAACACGCCUAUGCCUCUCAGUUUGGUACUUUCCUGGGCAACAGUGCAGCCGAGAGAGCCAAACUGUCUCUGCCUGAGAAGACUGUGUCCCUUUGGUCGUGGGUGAAUCGGCCCCAGGAGCUGGAGCGUCUGACCAACCCGCUCUACGAGGCCAACAGUCUCGUGAUCUGGCCCUCUGUGGCCCCUCAGAGUCUGCUGCUAUGGGAAGGAGUGUUCCUUCGCUGGAACCGCUCCUCCAAGUGCUUGGAUGAAGCCUAUGAGGAAAUGGUACAUAUAAUUGAAUACAACAAGGAGCUACAGAACAAAGUAAACAGCCUACGCAGGCAGCUGGCCCAGCUGGAAACCGAAGAUCCCCUGCUGCAAACACCAUAGGGAGAGAGGGUGGAGCUGCGAAAGGAGGCAAGAUGAGAGAAAGAGGUAGAAAAAUUUAGAAAUAUAACUAAAUAUAAAAACAGAUCAGUAUCAGCCUAGUUUUAAGCUUCAUUAGCCGUUAAUUGUUUUCAUUUUUUUAAUAUAUAUUUUGAUUUCUGUACAGAUGAAAAGCGAAUUGAAAUUGGGCCUAUGCCUACAUCAACAUCAAAAUCAACCUCUUUGAUUUUGCUUGAAUGCAGUUAUUCUUUACAUAGCCAACAUGACUUAAUUGUCUCAUUGGAACUAGGCAGGAGUGAGAGGGAAACGUGUAGAAACAAAGAAAAAAAAAA